GCGACUUCAUAAUUGAGUGAAAACUGCAGUUUUCACCAUGCAUGUCAGCGCAGCCCAUGGGGGAGCCAACACCUCCUCCUGAAAGGAGAAGCUUCUUCGUGUUUCGGCGAAACCGACAGGCUGAGCAUGAUUGUCAUGUUGCGCAAGUGGCUCAGGUGCGCAGAGAGCAUCCACUGGGUGCCAACAGCUUUCUGGCCAAGGCGGGAGAGCACAUGCCGCUGAUAGCGGAUGGUCUGGUGUGCCUGCACAAAUACAGGGGUCAGACCGAAGCAGAAGAACGUGCCAGGGCUUUCUCACUCCAGAAGCACCUGAGCAAGGAUGGCGCUCUGGUGAAGUUGGCGGAGCUGCUGCCUGGCUCCAACUUGAUCGCUUCGGCCGUGCUGGACCUUCAAGGCCAUCACAAGGAGGCUCAGGAAUGCCUUGACCUGCUACAAAAUUGGCGCAACUUUGGAAGUGCUGACGGCGCAUUGACGAAGGUUGCGGAAAUGCUGCCCGGGGUGGACGUCAUUGCCUUUGGCGUGCAUGUCAACGCCGGCAACUUUGCACAUGCACUCCGCAGUAUCGCCAAGACGCGCUGGACGGAUGUCACCGGCGAUGCCACCAUUACCUUUGACCUCCGCUCCCUGGCGGAGCUUGCCAUCAAGGACCUGCAGGUCUCGAAUUGCGAGGUGCUCCCAGUGGCAAGCUUCAUGUAUGGAGGUUUGUUGGACAUGGCCAUCAACUUGAUUGAGGUCAAUUCUAUUGGGCAGAGCAGAUCAAGGUUCAGGUGGCGCCGUGUCAAGCGAGUGGAAGCUGCGAGCUCCAAACGCAGGAACCCCAUGUCGUGGGCCAAGGACCGCCUGGUUGCCAGCUGCAAUGACACACUGUCUGGCCUGCAGGACACGGUGCUGGAGAUGGUUCCGCACAUGGUGGAGUGUGGUGUUACUGUGGCAAAUCGCGUGCUCCGGCGACGGCGACGCGAGAGUUGGCUGUAUUGGCUGAUGCUGCCCAAGGCUUUGCCCAAGCCGCCGCCUCAGCUGGACGAGGAGCUCCAGCUGAGCAUCUUGCGGAUCACCGCAGCCCACCGCACGGCGGCGCCGCCCCAGCCUGUGGGCGCUCAGGCUGCUGCCAUAAGGCCUGGAAGGCUUGACUGCGCUGCAGCCUGUACACUAUGCCUGGGCUGCGGUUUGCACUCCGCGGGCUUGGCCUGUUUGUCGGGCUGCUUUCUGGGCGCGGCCGAGCUUGGCCGCUGCUUGCGCAGAAGGUUCGCACCCAUUCUGAACCGCUGGAACGCCCAGGCGUGGUCAAAUGCCACGAAGGAGCCCAAUGAGGUUUUCCGCCGAAGGUCAAGCGAGUCCAGUGCCGAGCCUCUGCGACUGAGGCUGCCUCUUUGCGUUGUUGCUGAGCUCGAAGGUGAGCAAGCAGAGCGAGUAGUGGCGAGCUUGUGUGACUAUGUCUGGAAAGAGGUGCCCCUAGCAAAGCUUCUUGGGCGCACCGGACUGAGUCAGCUUACGGGUCUUCUGGCCUCCUGUGUCGGGUGCCCAGUGGUGCCUGUCGUGGUGGACCUGGAGGUCUCCGAAGGUUUGUACAGUGUUGGCGGAGAGACGCUCUGGUUGCCAAGUUUCCCCCUGGCGCUGAUCCUGAAGUGCCAUCUAGAACGGAGGCCCUUUGUAUCUUCUGUACAGGUGGCCGUGACAGAUGAAAUCGUCGACCAGAUCCUGGAUGUUGUGCAGACGGAGCUCCGAAGCCUGGACUUGAGGGCCCUAGACCCUCGCCUUGCCGGCUUCGUCGAGCCCAUCAAUUUGCAGCUCCAGGCCAUGCUGUCCUGGCCGCACGCGACAACCCUGAGGCUUGACCUGCAGGGGAUCAAGGUGCACCUGCGACUUCCUGCCUGACCUUUCGGCCUAAGAGCUGAGCACUUUUGCCAAUGGACGACAAUAAUGGUGC